AGAGGGCGGUAAAUUGCAGUCAUCGCUGAACCGGAGAAAGGACACUCUUGUAGUUCAGUGUGUUGCAGCCGUGUUCAGGUCGCAUUGACGGUAGUAUUCUCUUGUGGAGGAUACAAUUAACAGUCACCGUCGCAUUGAGUCGCUUUUGGGAGAGCUCUGACGACCACAAGCUUUUGGCGAAAAAGAAGGCAAAGAGAGCUCGUUAUGUUCAACCCCCACUCCCACCAACAACAACAACAGCAACAGCAGUUCCACCAGCACCUGCGGCAGCUCCAACAACUUUUCCAUCAGCAGCCGCCUCCACCGCCCCCGCCGCCUCCACCGCCACAGCCCACUCCGGCUCACCAUGUCGGCCAUCACCAUCACCAGGCAUCGCGAGCCAUUCCUGUGCCUCCACAUACAACGCCUCCUCCUCCCAGAAUGGUCAACCUGUGCCAGGCGAGCCAGACCACGAUUAUCAGCCCCAAUCCCAUGCUACAGGGAGCCUUAAUGAUGCAGCAAAUGCAAGGUAACAUGCGGGGCUUUGGAAUGGCCGGACAGCAGUUCCAUCAUUUCUUCACAGCGGCGAACAGGUCUCUACUGGGGCCGGUUCCAAUUGGUAUGGCAAUGAAGUCCCACCACAUGGGCUUCCCCGCUGCAGCUCGGGCCUUCCACCCUCACCCUCGCUUAUACAAUAAUGCCGCCAUUACCGCAAGCGCGGCCACUGCUACCAGCGCGGCCACCGCCGCCUCCUCUGUUACCACCACCACCACCGCAACACUGGACAAGAAGAAUGACAGCCAGCAGGCAGCAGACGAGCGUACCGCUGACAAUGCCGCAGUAAGCAAGGCCAGGGAGAAUGAAACAGAUGGCGUUGUGGAAUCGGUGGAUGGAUCGUCUCAGUCCUCUGAGGAACAGGUUGAAGAACCGACGGUGAAGAGGCAGAAGAUGGAAGGAUCUGAGGAGCCUAAAGAGGGUCCUGCUCUCCCUACUGCCGAUUCAAAUGGCGACACAGAAGACAUCCAGAUGGGUGACUGCCUCCUCUUACAAGAAGACGAGUCUACGCUGGAUCCAGGAGUUGAGGAGAGCCACGCUGCCAUGUUGGACGAUGGUGAGCCACCAGACAAACGGGAAGCGGAGGGCAAUACUGCAGAAGGGGCCAACAAGUUCUACUGCUACCUCUGCACCAUCACUUGCCACAGUCAGGAAAACUUCCGGAGUCAUAUGAACAGUGUUUCCCACCAGCAGAGGAUGAUGGAGAUUCAGCACAUGAGCAAUGCGUGCCUGGUCACAUUGCUGCCACGGCUGCAUGAGACUCUGCAGGGGGCCAAUAAAGAUGGAGACAAAAAAGCAGACACGCAGCGUUGGUGUGCAACGUGUUGUGCUCAUUACUCCACCAGCAUCGCCGACCAUCGACACACAGAGGAGCACAAACGUGCGUACAGAGCAGCCGUGUCGUCCUGCAACCUCUGCAAGAAGCACUUCAGGAGCUCCAAGCUGUUUAUGGCACACUUGCAGUCCCAGGAGCAUCGGCAAAGAUUAAUUAAGCUUCAGGAAAAGGAGAGCUCCGACACUUCAUCCAAGCUGCCGGACAUAGAUGGCAUUGAGAUUUUGGAAGAGAAGGUGGAGGAGGAUGACAGGCUCGACUGGGAUGAAGACUUUCCUGAGAACCUGGAUGGAUGGAGCUCAUGCAGAGAGGUGACUCUGAAGGACAUGACGAGUGACGAGCAGUAUGACCCCAACACCAUUUACGGGUCCAGCUUCUUUGUGCCCGUGGCCGGUUUCAUCUGCCGACUCUGCAACAAGUUCUACCAUUUUGACUCGUCGGCUUUACACACACACUGCAACUCCGUCAAGCACUUUGACAACCUCAAGAGACACAAAGAAUCACUCGGCGGAAAGUGCGCCAACGCUGACGACGACAACCGCGGGUCUUUAACAGGAACCCCCACAGACUCUGUGGAAGAUAUUUGCCCCUCCAGUACUGCAGGGUCGGUUUCAAGACUCGGCAGUAUGCGCGGGACAGAAAACCAGCUCCAGGACAAAGCGGAGGAGCCUCGCACUUGUCAAGCGUCGAAAACUCCAUCAGAGCUUCCCGCUGACACCGCAGAUCUGCCAGCCUCCACUGACGACAACAAGAGAGAAAAAGAAGAAGAGGAAAAUGCUCUACCGAAGCCAAGCACCAGACGCCGUUCCGGGAGGGCCACUAAUAGACGUUGAAGGAUGGAUGAGAGACUUGUUUUUCUUUAAUUCUCCAACAGGUUCCAAUUUCGAUGGCAGAACACAUGACCUGAAAGGUGGGUUAAAGUCUGACACGGUGAGACAAAUUCGCUCAAACCCAAUGAGACAAAAUUGUGAACAUAUAUUAGUGACAUAUUUAUUUAUAAGGCGGUGUUCCUUAAAUUGAUCUGACCGUGUGCAGUGUGAGGAAUAGCCCCAUUCAGACUGCAAUGCUCAGUCCCUCACAGAGUGCCUCGCUUCAUGGCUGCAAGGUUGCCGAGUGUCACCCUGGGAAGUGGAAUUUUUUCCUCCAGGGGGAAGCGUGGCCUUCAACAGUGUUGAAUAAUAAUAAACUUGUCCAUCAAGGCAGGUGUUUUCAGUCACGUUGUACCAUCGGUGUUUGUUCAUGACAUUUUGGUGUCGCGUUCUUGUGGAUGUUUUGAGUGAUGUGUUGGUAAUUGGUGGACCAAAAAAAAGGCUUUACAAGAAAACACAUUGUGUUUAUUCUGGAUUCAUUUUUUGUAGUGCUCUGCGCUGAAGUUUUAAACGCAUCACUUCCUCUUCCAGAAACAUUUCAUCCUCACUUGUGGUUAUUUGGAGCCACUCGGUCUUGCUCACGUGACGCAAAGCUUGACAUGACCAUGGUGACCCAACACAUGAUUAGCACCCCCCUGCAUUUUCUUUUCUUUUUUUUUUGGUCAGGAUCUUCAAUCUUUGUAUUGUAGCUCUGAAUGAUGCGAUUUCAAAACAAAUCAUUGUUAAUCAAGACUGUAUUUUUAUUCUGCUACUGACAAAACUGAAAUCAAGACAUGUUUUCUAAAAUGCUUGAAAGUUCAAAUGUAUUUUUUGGACGACAUUUUAAUUUAUAUUAAAAUGUCCCAAAAAUU